CCUAAAAAGGAGAGUUGGUCUCUAUGGGAACGCAAGACGCUGACGGGAGGUUUGGUUAAUAUGCAACUCGAGGCAGCUAGGCAGCGUCGAGAGGUCCCGGGAGGGAGUAAGAAGUGUCGCUGGAGAGCAACAUAGUAACGCGGAAUUUUGGAAAGGUAAAAUGAGUGAUUCUGAAGAAGAGAGUUUAAUUUCCACUGAGUCAGAACCAAAAUCUGAACCUGAAUUGGAACCAGAGAGUCCUGAGGAUCCUAUUUAUGCCAUUGCACCAACAAUUAAUAUUCAGGAUGAAGGUUCCAUUGAAGUGCAUACAUGUCCUGCAUUUCAGUGCCUGGAUGAGUUGUUUUAUGCUGGAAAUAUCCCUGGAACUAGGAUGGCUGAACUGAAGGCAAAGUAUACUAUUCUGCAUGAUACACUAGUAAGCCUACAGGAAUCAGAGAUUCAGCUGUUACAAGAUGCCAAACGUUUCACUGUUGAAAUAGAACAGCAGCAGCAGAUACUAGAAAAAACUGAACAGUUUCCAGAGGGAUCUGCUUCAGAGUUGUCCAAACUGAGACAGCAGUACCUGAGAUACUUUAACGAAUACAAUGCUAUCCAAGAAAGAGAGUAUGAAAUACAGUACAAGUUGAACAGUUUACUAGAAGAUAAGAAUCUCAUUGAAAGGGAAUAUCAGAGAAUCCCCAAAGCUUCUGACGCAGAGAAGAGAAUUAAGGCCUUGAGGGAAAGCUGUGAAGAGCUUCGUAAAGAAACGACGCAUAGGCGGCAAGAAAUCAGAGCCCUGAAAGAAGAUCUGUCCUCAAGGCAAAGGCAUCUUGCUAAGGAUCAGAAAGAACUUGAAGAACUACUUCGGACACAAGAAGAAUUAAAAGAUGAGCUAGUUCGUCUCCAAGCCAUUCCUAUUCAGCUCGGAAAGGAUAUGGAGAGAGUGAACCGCAGAAUGCAAGAGACAGAGAAAAAGAAAAAAGGAAUGCAGGAAGAAGUGCAAGAAGUACUUGAAUCCUUUCAAAAAAUAGAGGCUAAAAAUGAAGAGGCAUGGGAAGAGAAGGAAGAUGUGAUGAAAGAGGUGGAUGGAAAAAAAGCUUUGCUGGAAAGCAAAGAGCGAGAAUUUAUCACUUUUACCAAGAUGCAUGAAAUCAACAAAGAGAAUGAAGGAAGUGCCAUAGCAGAAAGGGGUAUUUUAGAAAUCGGUUUCCGCAACUGUAUUGUGGCAAAGCAAAAACUGCAAGAUACUUUGAGUCGAAUGCAAAGAGAGAGAGAGAGAGAUUUCAGAAAUUUUAAAAAGAUAGAGAUGCAAUUGAAAAUAGCCCAGGAGAGCUUGGAACAAAUUAGAUCACAUCAUGAGAGAAUCCAAUUAGAGAUAGAUGCUGUUCCUAAAGAUGAUGGGACACUGUUAGAAAGGCGAAGGGAGCUCCAGAGGGAAGUUGAAAUGAUUAAGAGGAAUCUGAACCAGGAGAAAACAUCAACAGAUGUUGAAGCACGAAUGCUUGAACAAUGUAUUGCUGAAGAAGACCAACUUUUUAAGGCUCACGAACAUUACAGAGAUGAAGUAGCUAACUUGAUACAUAUGAUUCAGGUCAAGGCUGAUGAGAGGGAACAAAAAUCAAAGGAUUUUUUAAAAGCCCAGGUACGGCUGAAUAAUAUUAUUGCAGAAAUAAAAACAAAAGACUUCGAAAUAAGAGAACAUAAGAAGAAGCAAAGAGAAAUUCAGAGACAAAUGAAUGAAUAUGCUAAAAUGUAUGACAUUGUGAGACAUGAAAGAAACAAACUUGUAAACCUUGUGCAUUGUGCUCGCCAAAAAACAAAUGAAAUUAAAGAGAGGGUCAAAAUGCUAGAUAAUGAAAAGGAAAUCUUAAGGACCAAUGCUGUGAUUAAAGAGAGAAAAUUGCAAAAAUACCAGCUGAAGCAUGCGAAUAACAUUGCAAUCAAAGACAGCAUCCAGUGUGAUGUCUGCAAGGUUCAUCAAAUGCUCCAGGAAAUGAAAGAAAAGCGAGAGCAGCAGCUGAUGGAUGUUGAAAGACUCACCAACUUGCUUACACGUAUUGAGGACGAAAUGGUUCAGUUGCGUAAAAAAUAUGAAAGGGCUGUUCAGCUCCGAAAUGAGAGCGGAGUUCAACUCAUAGAGCGUGAAGAAGAAGUAUGCAUUUUUUAUGAAAAAAUAAAUAUUCAGGAGAUGAUGAGUCGAAACGGUGAUACUGAGAUUAACGUGAUGGAUGAAAAGAUCCGCUUUCUGCAACUGAAGCUGACUGAGAAAAAAAGGCAGAUUGAGUUAUCACUGAGAACGUUGCCCUUGAAAAGAGGUCUAGAUGCUGAUUUGGUAGUCCUUCAAAUUCAGUUCUCACAAUGCAAGGACAAGAUUAAAAGCCUGGAGAAAGUGUUUACAGACCCUAAUGGACAAAACAGAACAAGAGCACUGCCAGGAAAGGACCUCUCUCAAGCAGAGCUGUACAAAAAGAUAGAGGAGUUGGAAAUACAGUUGACCCAGAAAGAAGAGAAACUGCUUGAGAAGGACUUUGUCUACGAGCAAGUUUCUCGUCUGACAGGCAAAAUACAUGCUAAAGCUGAAAACGGCAAGCAGGAUACGUUAAUAUUGGCAAAAAAGAUGAAUGGACUACAAGAAAAAAUAAAAAGUACAACCCAAAAGAUGAUGGCUCUUAUUGCAGAGUUGUCUAUGAAACAAGCCUAUGCCAUUAAAUUGCAACAAGAAAUGAGGGACAAGGAACAGUUUUUAAUGUGCAUCUCCUCCAGGCUAGAGAAAGGUCUUCCACCACCUAAGGAUGUAGAGACAGAGUGGUUAAAGGUGUUGCGUGACGAAGAAGCAUAUAAAGCAGCAACUGAAGCCAAAGCAAAACGUGCCACAGAAGAGGAACAAUAUUCCUUGCCAACUACUGUAUUCACCACAGCUGAGCAACGCCCCAAUGCCUACAUCCCAGAUGAUGAAAAUGUUCUCCCUCUGCCCCGUCCCUAUGGAGCACUGGCUCCUUUCAAACCAGGCGAGCCUAGUGCAAAUAUGAGGCACAUAAGGAAACCAAUUGUAAAACCAAUUGAAAUCUAAGACAGUUGAACCUUGCAGUGGUUGACUUAAGAAUAUACCACACUGAUAAUUCAGGGCCAACUCUGCUUUCAGUGUUAGUAUCAGAACUCCCCCAGAUUUUAUUAAUGGGGCUAUAUUACAGCUUUGGCAUAAUAUACCAAUGUUGUUGUUUCCCAAUACUCCCUAAUUUCACACAACUGCUAAUGAAAUGAACAGUGUUGUACAGUAGGAGAUGAUGAAUUGUAGCCCUUAAACGAUAGAGGUUAAAAAAAAUCUAUAAAGCAGUUUUUCCCAGAUGUUUGUAUUGCCAAAAAUCCCCCGAUAUCGUAAAGAAUCGUAAGUAGUAAAGUACACCUAGGUAGUCAUCAAUACCAUCCUUUUUCCUUUUAUGCAUUUAGUGUCCAAACAUUUAAGGCAAUAUUUUGAAACAUUUGCAGAGUAUUACACAAUUAUCCAGGUAGUUUAAUCAUUAUAUGUCCGACACUUCAUAGUCAUUUAUUAACAUUAGACACCUGUGGCUUCUUGUUACGUACAGAUGUAUGAAGCUGUCUUUCAAUGCACAAAUAAAAGGAACUGUGAAGUAAAAUGAGGUGGUCAUACGUAUUUAAAAUAGUGAUUGUGUUCCUCCCUCUUAAAAAGCAGAGAAGACAGUCUGGGAACACUUGAGAUCUAUAUUAGAGAGAUGAGAAAGCAUUACCAUAAAAAAAGAGCAAAUAAUAAAAUUCCUGCACCUAGAUAUAGAUAAACAUAACUUGGCACCUUUUCUUGUAGUAAUGUGCACCAAUCACAAUAUUUGGUUUGGACUGAGAUUCAGCACUUUGUAGAACAGAUUGUCUUAGAGGUGCUUUAUCUGUUUCCCAGUUUGAUUGGUCCACCUGAGUCCUCCCCCUUCACUAUUAGGGCUGGUGGCACAGCUAUAAUAUUUUCCCCUUUUGACAGAAUAGAUGAAAUCUGCAGGCAUACUAGCCCCUCCAGAGUGGAUAAAGCCUGCCAUAUUUUAGGCAAAGAGGUCCAGGGGCUUUUGUACUAGACUCCUCUAAAAUGAAAAUGGGAUCUUUUCAAACAUUUAACUGCGGGCAGAAUUGGAGGGGCAAGGUCAUUCUUUCUGAUGGCUUGAGUUCUGCCAAAUUUCAGAAGAAUAACGGUAAGGGCAGUCUUUUCAUUUUUGAGGUGGUUAAAACUGGUCGUUUAAUCUCUCUUAGUUUGUGGGCUAUUAGUCUGAAAAUUGCAGACAGGAGAGUGGUGCCUCCAUAUAAGAAACCUGCUAAAUUGUAAGUCAAAGCACUUAGAAGCAUCAACUGUCAGUCACAAUACAGCUCUCCUGCCUUCUCACCAUCCUGAUAUCUUCCUUAAGCUUAGAAGAGACACGUUUUCUUUUGGUCUUGCAAACCUCCUUCCCCAAACCAAGUUUCAAUUUUGCAAAGUUGCUCCUCUUCCCCCAUCAUGAUUACGCUUAGAAAGGUUGUUUCACUUUUACAUACAACUGUCUGCACUUUUUUUAAUGUCUGGAUUUCUGAGGCAGAUGCAACACUUUGCGAGUAUUGGCUUUGACCUGUGCCCACCUUGUAGACAGCCUGGCACACCUUAUAGAGGCUCAAAAUUACUCUGCAGUACCCUGCCUUGGCUUUGUUAUUCAUACAAAUUUUUGCAUACCUCUACUGAUUUGAAUUCAAACAAAUUUCAGUUCUAUUGAGUGGUAUCUGAUUAAUUCUAUUGAUACUAUUGACUGGUAUUGGACUAAUAUACUCCCAAAAGUCCUACUGAAAUCAACAGACUUAAGGUAAUCAUGACAACCUUAAGCCCAUUUAUUUCAGUGGGUCUACUCUACCCAUGACUUCAUUGGAUGCCACCCAUUAUGUUUAUAUGUCAAAACAGUCCUCUGUUUGAAAUAAUGCUCGGAUUAAAAAGGUCCUACUACACACCAUCCUGAAAGAAUAGAUUUUAGCUGCAGUCCUGCACAAUUAAUUAUAGUUCAGUUCUGUUGGAAUAGGACACUCAAAUAUCCAGUAUCUGACUUAAAAAUGGGGGGAAAGCCUUUGCUUACUAUAUGUCAAGCACUUGAAUAAUUUUUUGUAGCUGCAAGUAAAAGUACAUCAGUUUAAUGGUAUGCUAUCUUGUAGGAAUCUAAAAAUGUUCCUGAAUGGAAUCCAGUUUUUCUGUUGUUGUUACACAACACAGCUAAGAAAACAAACAGGGAAGCCUAUAAACAUAGGCAAGAAACAAGGCAAGAAACAUGGUUGCUUUUUAAAUAACAGUUACUACUUUUUCACAUUGGCAUUUCAUCUAUAUAUCUGCAUCUAACAGGCACAACAGUAUAAACUGAUUGUUUAAAUUGUUAAAUGCCUACCUCUCAAUCAAUAUCAACGAGAUUUAAUAAUGCUUAACAAAAAACUAAAUUUAUACCUAUUGGUUGUUAUCAAGGCAGAAUACUGAAAUAAAUAUGCCCCAGUUGAAGUUUAGCUCCCUUGCAGAAGUUACAUGGGAUUACAGCAAAAUACACAGAAGACAGGUAUCUUUAUUGAAACAAGGACUUUGUGAAAUGUUAAGUAUCAAGCUUCAAAACUAUACAUUUAUUCCCAUUAUUUACAGACAGCUAUUUUAUUUGCCAUUGAGGAUAAAUGGAUGCCCUUAUACAUCAUUAUACAACAACUGUCAGUUUCUUAUUAUUAACUGUGCUCCUUUCUUCUCUCAUUUUAUAUGUAAGAAUUUGAACUUGAGUAGCAGACAAGCUGAUCAUAAUUUGGUAAUUGUUUGUAGUUACCCGAAAGUGAAUGUUUUCGGCACAGCAACUUCAGUGUGUAUCCCAUUAAUAAUAAAAAGUGCUAACAGUGAGAGAAUCAUUACACUGACCUCUCUCUAAGCAGCAAGAAGUUCCAGUAUUUCUCCUGAAUAUUAUUAUAAUAAUCACACCAGUUUUCUAAACCAAACAAUUAUCUUAUCUCUGACAUUUAGAUAUUAAUAGGCAUAGCAAAGCUGGGGUGCUGCUGAGGUAAUACUUUUAAUCACAGCAAACUAUACUAAAGGCCUAACAGCAUUGUAGUAUGUUUCAGUGCCAACUCUUCAACAGAUCUUGCAUUCAUGUUAUCUUGUUCCACAGAAGUCAUCCAUCCUAGGAAGGAUCAUAGAGAGCAUUAAUAUGACAGACUCAAUGUUAAUAUUGUUGGAUGCUAAAGUUGCCAAUCUUCGCUUGUAUUGUUUGAAUUCAUUUAUUAUUCACAUAAUAGUCUGUAGAUGUAAAAAAAAAUCUAUACAAACAUGUCCUAACAGCAGUAAGCUUGUGCACUAAAACAAAACAGUGUAGAAACCUUUAAUGUUAGCUUCCUGGUUUUUCUUAGUUUCCCUCCGCCCUUCCCAUUUACAAAGUGGAUGAUGCAUUCAUCAGUGUAGCUACAACAGUCCACAGGCUUAGCCUAGUUAGGGAGCAGAUGAACGCAUCAGCAUUGCUGAAAAACCACCCACAUCAUAUUGGUGGCAUAUGGGAACCUCCCAUCACAUGCAACAAACUGAUCACAGUAAUUACCUCUCACAGCAGCAGCAGAUGCAAAGGAGGUAGGGGACCUUCCAUAUGUAACCAGUGUGAUGUGGAAGCAACUUCUCAGCAGCUACCAUGCUUCAGCUAAAAUACGUGAAGUGGAUCAGGCACUGAUGUAUUUAGUAACACAUGUUUAACCAGCAUUCCACAAGUGUUUUGUCACUAAGAAAUAUUAAGGAAAAUGGUACUUAGGCUUUACUCUGCUACUUUACUAAUUCUAUAUUCCAAUUCGGGCCAUGUGAACCCCAAAAAGGACAGGAUAUUAGCAAGAUGAGAGGUGUUUUUAAACCAACAAGGAAUUAAGUAGAAAAGGGCAGGUGUAUAGUUACCUUGACGUUCCAUCUCUGCCAGCAUAUUGACCAGGUAGUUAAGUGGAAGAAACUCUGUUCGGGGUGACAAACGGUCCACAACUAGCAUACUGUACUGUGAAGGAAAAUGUAUUUUAGGCUAAUGUAUUGGAUUAAAAAUAUUCUGCUAUGAGUGAUAGUAGAGCCAUUUUACAUCUAAGGCCCGAUUUGUUCAGAUCCUCCUGCCCCUUUUCACUAUGUAUACUUCCCCCUUUUUUGCUACACCAUUUUAACUCUGAAAACUGCAUUCCUGUUCUCCAGAAUUUUGAUCUGGUGUUCCAGUGUCAUUCAAGUAAACGGAUGUUUGCAGGUACCCAUAUGGUCAGAAAUCAUCAUGACUACAGGUUGGGGUUUAAUCUCAAGAUGUGAUCAUACUCAGGCUCUUACCCGUUUAUUCCUCAGUUUCUCAAGCAAGAGUUUAACAUAGUUCCUUGCAAUAGUGUUGGUGCUUACAGGAUCAUCCCACAAUUGACUAACCUUAUGACCAAUUGCCUAUAUGACAAAAUAAAAUAAGGUUAGACAUUCAAAGUGCAAUGCAACACUGAUAUUGGAUCUGUUCCUUUCCAGACGACAAUCAGCUUACAUUGCAAUCCUAACCAUGUCUUCUCAGAAGAAACUCCCACUGAGCUCAAUUGUGUUUA